CUGCUCGGCUGUUCGUAAGGCAGGUCACGUGGUUAUUGCAGCACGCAAGCAGUGUAGACGCGGCUGUUUACAAACAAGCAUAACCGAGUGUCCAUUAACGCCGCUUCGCCGGUUAAAGGAAGAAAAGAACCAGGAUGGAAAUAGAGGUUUCUCAGCCAUAUUACGUUGGGGACAUCGGCUGCUGGGCUGAGAGAACAGAGGUGCACAAGGCAGCGUCCCUCGGCCACGCCUCUCAUCUGCAGAGCCUCAUACAAAGCGGAGCUUCGGUCAAUGUGGUGGCUGUGGACUCCAUCACACCGUUGCACGAGGCCUGCCUACGUGGGCAGGCCCAGUGUGUGCAGCUGCUGCUGGACGCUGGAGCCCAGGUGGAUGCUAGAAAUGUGGAUGGAAGCACCCCGCUAUGCGAUGCCUGUUCAGCUGGAAGUUUGGAGUGUGUGAAGCUGCUUCUAGAGCAUGGUGCCAUGGCCAAUCCAGCCCUCACCUCUCGCACUGCCUCCCCACUUCACGAAGCCUGCAUGGGAGGUAGCUCAGACUGUGUGAAGCUGCUGAUUGCCAUGGGUGCUUGCCUCGAGGCAUAUGACCUUUACUACGGGACUCCGCUGCACGUGGCUUGUGUUAACGCGCACACAAACUGUGUUAAAGUUCUGCUUAAUGCUGGUGCAAAAGUCAAUGCUGCUAGGUUACAUGAAACCCCCCUUCACCACGCAGCUAAACACACGAGAGUUGAGAUGAUUGAGAUACUGGUGGAGUUUGGGGCCAACAUCUACGCCAGAGAUCAGCACAACAGGAAACCAGUGGACUACACCACACCUGGUUCUCCUUCUAAAGCCUGCCUGCAGUUUUAUGAGACCACUCCAAUGACUCUGCAGCAACUCAGCAGGUUGGCAGUGAGGAGGAAGUUGGGAACCACGGCUCUGAAUGUCAUAGCUCAACUCGACAUCCCAAAGCUAAUCAUCAGCUACCUCUGCUAUCAGUGACUGUCAAACCUGCUCAAAGAAUGGCCUCCAGUUUCAGUUCAAACUAUUGUCUAGAAAGCACCAAUGCUGCAAACAUACACUAACAUAGUGCCAAGUAUCGAAUCGACUCCUUCCAUCCAGUACUGCACUUUACUUUUGUGUGAAUGGUCUGAAGAAUAAUGCUAGUAUAAUCAUGUUAGCUAAUCAUGUUAGCACAUUUUAGCUAACGAUGGCCUACAAGCUGCUGUUAGUCUAGAAGAUAAAGGUAGUUAAUGUUAGCUAACAUUGUAGUGUUAGCAUGUUAAAGUUUUAACACUACAUUACUUGUUGGUUUUCCACUUUUCUCAUCAAACUUACUUCUUUAACUUUCUCAUGCACUACUAAUUACUUCUGUGACAAUAGAUUUUACCUUCAAGGCUUUCAGUUUUUCUACUAUUGUCUGUCUGAUGCAGUGGCAAUUGCUCUAAGACCUAAAAUGUCUAAAAAUAAGUGAUCAAAUAUAUACUGUUGUGUGUUCAUGUCAUUGACUAAAUAUGCGCUAGAACGCGCUCAACUUUUGUUCAGAAUUAGCUUCUUAUCACUGGUAACAGCGCAGCUUUCCUCUCACUCAUUCCUGCAGCUUCACAGCGCUUUAAACACUGAGUUCAAUAGUGAAGUAAAAAUGCUGGGCUUUGUCCCACCCAUCGGACGCUCAGCGUCUCUGGGGGUCUAUGGGGCAGUGGGCUGGCCUCGGCUGGCCCGGACGCUCAGCUUCUGCAUGAUGAUUGGAUGAUCUGUCUGAGGCUGAAUUCCUUUUUGAUUGACAGCAAAAUGAGCGAAUCAGCGAUCUUGAAAUUGAGCGUCCCCUCCUUGAAAGACCAGCAUCCGCCACUGGUCUGAUGGUUCUUCAGCUCUAAAACUCAUUUAAACAGAUCGGAUUUAAAAAGUGUCAGCUUUGGUUAAGCCUCUGUUAUGCAAUAUGUGUGUACUUUAUUUCUUCAAUGUAUUUCUUUACACUUUUUAUGUCUCAUUUAGUUUCUGCUACUUUGUACUCUUUAACAAGCAUUUCUGCUUUAGUUGUAGUUGAGCUACUUGUGUGUUUCUAACCUACUUUUUCAAGAUUUCAUCUUGCUCUUUUAAUAUUUCUGUACUUUACAACUGUUUCUGCUUCAGUUCAGCUCAUUUAGCAAAAUGCCCAAAUUAAGUUAAAUACACAUUUAACAAUAUGUCUUAAGUCAUGUUUACUGUUUGUCAUUCGAGAGCUGUCUUAGUCAUUACUAUAAGCCGUUACCAAGUACCACAAAAAGGGAAUGUAUGGGUUUAAGGACUCGAAUUAUUAAAAUGUUUGAAAGAGACAAGUACAUACUUAGGUCAGCUCAGCACGAGGCAGGAAAAAGUCCUCGAAAAGAAGGUAGGUUCUUGGAACUGUACCCAGAUUCUUUUUUGCAUUUUAAAAUUUCUGGGAAACUGAGCAUUGAAUAGGAACAUUUUGUUAGGUUAAAUCUACUACUUGUAUUAUAAAUGAAUCACUUUGUCCAUAUAUUUAUUAUAUUUAUAAAAAUGUAAUAAAUGAUGUAUCUUGA